AUGGACCAGCAGGACCAGUCCUAUAUGUUUGCCAGCCUCACACGGCCACAUUCGGAACAGUUGCUGCAAGGCCUCCAGCUGUUGCGGCAGGAUCAUGAACUAUGUGAUAUUGUGCUCCGGGUGGGUGAUGCCAAGAUCCAUGCCCACAAAGUGGUGCUGGCCAGCAUCAGUCCUUACUUCAAGGCCAUGUUCACAGGUAACCUGUCAGAAAAAGAAACGGCUGAGGUUGAAUUCCAGUGUAUUGAUGAAACUGCCUUGCAGGCCAUUGUCGAGUAUGCUUACACUGGCACAGUGUUCAUCUCUCAGGAAACAGUAGAAUCCUUGCUACCAGCAGCCAACUUACUCCAGGUCAAGCUUGUACUAAAAGAGUGUUGCUCGUUCUUGGAGAGCCAACUGGAUGCUGGCAACUGUAUCGGCAUCUCCCGCUUUGCAGAGACAUAUGGCUGUCAUGACUUGUGCCUGGCUGCAACCAAGUUCAUCUGUGAGAACUUUGAGGAAGUCUGUCAGACAGAGGAGUUUUUUGAACUAACAAGAGCAGAGUUGGAUGAAAUUUUGUCCAAUGACUGCCUCAAAGUUGUAACUGAGGAAACUGUAUUUUAUGCCCUGGAGUCAUGGAUUAAAUAUGAUGUUACAGAACGACAGCAGCAUUUGGCUCAGCUUCUACAUUGCGUACGCCUUCCACUCCUCAGCGUCAAGUUCCUCACUCGUCUAUAUGAAGCCAACCAUCUUAUACGGGAUGACCACGCAUGCAAGCACUUGCUAAACGAGGCCCUCAAAUAUCAUUUUAUGCCUGAACAUAGACUCUCCUAUCAGACUGUGUUGUCGGCACGACCAAGAUGUGCGCCAAAGGUACUGCUGGCAGUAGGAGGCAAGGCUGGACUCUUUGCUACAUUAGAGAGCAUGGAAAUGUAUUUCCCUCAGACUGAUUCGUGGAUAGGACUUGCACCUCUGAGUGUUCCCAGAUAUGAAUUUGGAGUCGCUGUGCUUGACCACAAGGUGUACGUGGUAGGCGGCAUUGCCUCACACAUGAGACAGGGCAUUAGCUACAGGAAGCACGAGAGCACAGUGGAGAGUUGGGACCCCGAAAGUAACACCUGGUCUUCAGUAGAGCAUAUGGCCGAGUGUCGCAGCACGCUUGGGGUGGUGGUUCUGGCUGGAGAGCUGUAUGCACUGGGAGGAUAUGAUGGCCAAUAUUAUCUGCAGUCAGGGGAAAAGUAUGUCCCCAAACUGAAGGAGUGGCAGCCUGUGGCACCUAUGACAAAAUCUCGGAGCUGUUUUGCCACCGCUGUGCUGGAUGGCAUGGUGUAUGCCAUUGGAGGAUAUGGACCAGCUCAUAUGAACAGUGUGGAGCGGUAUGAUCCUAGCAAAGAUAUAUGGGAAAUGGUAGCCCCCAUGGCAGACAAGAGGAUAAAUUUUGGUGUGGGUGUCAUGCUUGGAUUCAUAUUUGUGGUUGGCGGACACAAUGGAGUCUCUCACCUGUCCAGCAUUGAGCGUUAUGAUCCACACCAAAACCAGUGGACUGCCUGUCGACCAAUGAAUGAUCCACGCACUGGUGUGGCCUCUGCUAUAGUGGACAAUUACCUGUAUGUUGUAGGAGGUCAUUCAGGAUCAUCUUACCUGAACACUGUCCAGCGGUAUGAUCCCAUCUCAGACAGCUGGUUGGACUCCAGUGGCAUGAUUUAUUGCCGCUGUAACUUUGGUCUGACUUCCCUUUGA